GUUUUUAUCUUUUUACCUCCAAACUGUGCUUUGAGUUACAAUGCGGUACUUUGUUUAUCUAUUCUAUUAGAUUUUGCUUUAUUUUUUAUAGCAAUUAUUGAUUUUUACGUAUUCUCGGCUAUAUGUGAAGUUAUAAUUUAAAUGUGACUGUUGAUAUUUAUACUUGCUUGAAGAAAUAUAUUAAUGGUGAUUAUUAAAGCUACUGAUUAACUUGUGAUUAUAUCUGCUUUUGGAAUGACAUUGAGGUAUUGCCGUCAUUAAUUGUAACAGUUUAAUUAUCUGAUUGAACUUCUUGUGUUUUAUUACUAGUUACAAUGGCUUAUCAGUAUUUUGUGACCGCACAUAAACCUACUGCAGUCAAUGCUUGUGCCACAGGUCACUUCACUGCACCAAAUCAUUUGAAUUUGAUCGUUGCUAAGAAUUCACGAAUUGAAAUUUUUUUAGUAGGUCCAGAAGGGUUGAGGCCUUUGAAAGAGAUUGGAAUUUAUGGAAAAAUAGCUGUGAUGCGACUAUUUCGCCCUGUUAAUGAAACUAAAGACUUAUUAUUUAUUGUUACUUCAAAGUACAAUGCAAUGAUACUUGAAUGCCAUGGUGAUGAUGACAAGAUAGAUAUUUAUACUAAAGCUCAUGGAAAUAUUGCUGAUAGAAUUGGGAAAGUUUCUGAAAGUGGUAUAAUAGCUGUUAUUGAUCCUGAAGCUAGAGUUAUUGGUUUACGACUGUAUGAUGGUCUUUUGAAAAUAAUUCCUUUGGAAAAAGAAAAUAACGAGCUUAAGGCUGUCAGUAUUAGAAUUGAAGAGUCAGAAAUUCAGGAUUUAAAUUUCUUACAUGGAUGCACUAAUCCAACGCUCAUUCUUCUGCAUCAAGAUCUUAAUGGGAGACAUAUUAAGACUCAUGAACUGUCUUUAAAGGAGAAAGAGUUCGUUAAAGCACCUUGGAAACAAGAUAACAUAGAAAUGGAAGCUUCUAUUAUUAUACCUGUACCAGAGCCCAUGUGUGGCGCUAUAAUUGUAGGACAAGAAUCAGUAUUGUACCAUGAUGGUGUAACAUUUGUUUCUGUUGGACCACCAGUUAUUAAGCAUAGUAGUAUAACUUGUUAUGCUAAAGUCGAUACAGAUGGAUGUAGAUAUAUAUUAGGUGAUAUGGCAGGUCAUUUAUUUAUGCUAUUAUUGGAAAAAGAAGAAAGAGUUGAUGGAACUGAAUCUGUUCAUGAUAUUAAAGUAGAACUGCUGGGUGAAGUUAGUAUUCCUGAAUGUAUUACAUAUUUAGAUAAUGGAGUUCUCUUUAUAGGAUCUCGCAUAGGGGAUUCUCAGUUAGUCAAGUUGAACAAAUCUAUUAAUCCUGAGACAGGAUCUUAUGUUACUGUUAUGGAAUCGUUUACAAAUUUAGCCCCAAUUGUUGAUAUGGUGGUGGUGGAUUUAGAAAGGCAAGGACAAGGCCAAUUAGUGACAUGUUCUGGCACAUUAAAGGAAGGAUCUUUAAGAAUUAUCCGUAAUGGAAUUGGAAUUCAAGAACAGGCAACGAUUGAACUGCCAGGGAUCAAAGGAAUAUGGGCUUUGAAAGUUAGAUCAGCUGCAGGUCUUGAUAAUACAAUUGUUCUGUCAUUUGUUGGUCAUACCAGAGUACUGUCUUUAAAUGGUGAUGAAGUAGAAGAAACAGAAAUUUUAGGUUUUCAGUCAGAGCAACAAACAAUGUAUUGUGGUAAUGUUAAUGAUUCCUCCCUUGUUCAGGUUGUUCCAACUUCUGUGAGACUUAUAUUUUUGGGUGCAAAAGAAGAAGUUUUAAGCGAAUGGAGACCACCUUCUGGUAGAAAUAUUAGUGUUGUUGCUUCUAAUAAUUUCCAGGUGGUUUGUGCUUCUGGAAGUGAUCUUUAUUACCUUGAAAUAUGCAGUAAUGAGAUUGUUGAAAAAAAAUAUAAAAUGCUGGAUUUUGAAGUGUCAUGUCUUGAUAUUACACCUCUUCCUGAUGAGACCCAAUCUGAAUAUAUUGCUAUCGGAUUGUGGAAUGAUAUGUCUGCAAGAAUAUUGAGAGCACCAUCUCUUGAGGAAGCUCAUAAAGAGUAUUUAGGUGGUGAAAUUAUAUCAAGAUCUAUUCAUUUUGCCUCAUUUGAAAAUAUGCAUUAUGUCCUAUGUGCACUUGGUGAUGGAUCCAUGUUUUAUUUCUUAUUCGAUCGUGCUACUGGACAGUUGUCAGAAAGAAAGAGAGUUACUUUAGGAACACAACCUAUAGUAUUGCGCUCAUUCCGUUCAAUGGCAACUACUAAUGUAUUUGCCUGUUCAGAUAGACCUACUGUUAUUUAUUCUUCAAACCACAAAUUGGUUUUUUCAAAUGUUAAUCUUAAAGAAGUAAAUUAUAUGUGCUCAUUAAGUACUGAAAUUUAUCCUGAUAGCUUACUAUUAGCUACUGAUUCAAUGGUUGUAAUUGGUACCAUUGAUGAAAUUCAGAAACUACAUAUAAGGUCAGUUCCUCUUGGGGAAGCUCCUAGACGAAUAGCUUAUCAGGAGUCAUCUCAGACAUUUGGCGUGAUAUCAUCUAGAUUAGAUGUACAAGAGUCCUCUGGUCUAGCAGUUGUUAGGGAAAGUGCUAGUACUCGCGCUCAAACCAUUACUAAUUCAGUACAAACAUCUAUUCAAAUUGCUAAAGUUGCUGGUCCUAAUCAACCCCCUGAAUAUGGGAUUGAGGUUGAGGUACAUCACUUUUUGUUGUUUGAUCAGCAUACCUUUGAAGUUAUUCAUGCUCAUCAGAUGAUGCAGACUGAAUAUUGUUUGAGUCUGAUCACUGCAAAACUUGGUGAUGACCCUAACCAUUACUAUAUUGUUGGGACUGCCAUAGUAAAUCCUGAUGACAGUGAACCUAAACAAGGCAGAAUCAUAAUGUUUAAUGUAGAAGAUGGAAAAUUACAUCAAGCUGCUGAAAAAGAGGUGAAAGGUGCAUGUUAUUCCCUAUCAGAGUUCAAUGGAAAACUUUUAGCCAGUAUUAAUAGCACCGUACGUCUUUUUGAAUGGACUACAGAAAAAGAACUGAGGCUAGAAUGCAGUCAUUUUAAUAAUAUUAUUGCUUUAUAUGUGAAAACAAAGGGGGAUUUUAUUCUGAUCGGUGAUAUCAUGCGAGCAAUAACUUUGCUUCAAUAUAGAACAAUGGAAGGUAGUUUUGAAGAAAUUUCUAGAGAUUACAAUCCCAAUUGGAUGACUGCAGUUGAAAUUUUAGAUGAUGAUACAUUUCUAGGAGCUGAAAAUUCUUUUAAUCUAUUUGUUUGUCAAAAAGACAGCUCUGCAACCAGUGACGAGGAGCGUCAGCUUAUGCAAGAAGUUGCUCUUUUUCAUCUUGGUGAUUUAGUCAAUGUUUUUAGACAUGGAUCUUUAGUAAUGCAAAAUUUAGGUGAAUCUACUACUGCUACAACUGGCAGUGUCUUGUUUGGUACAGUUAGUGGUGCUAUUGGUGUUGUAACACAGAUAUCUCAUGAUUUAUAUGAUUUGCUCACAGAAUUACAGGAUCGUCUUGCACAUAUAAUUAAAUCUGUUGGUAAAAUAGAGCAUGGAUUUUGGAGAUCUUUUAGUACAGAUGUUAAAACAGAACCAGCUGAAGGAUUUAUCGAUGGAGAUCUAAUAGAAAGUUUUCUUGAUCUUCCUCGAAAAGAAAUGUUGGAUGUGAUUUGUGGUUUACAAAUUCAGAAUGGUAGUGGGAUGAAGCAGGAUGCGACUGUAGAUGAUAUUAUCAAAAUUGUUGAAGAUCUUACUCGAAUUCAUUAAUAUAUAUAUGUUUGUGUGUGUUUAUAUGUAUUUAUAUAAACAUAUAUGUGUAUGUGUAUAUAUAUUUUUUUCAAUUUGUGUGUUUUUUUUAACGAAAACCAAAACAUUUGUAUAAACUGUAUUUUUUGAAUAAUAUUCUAGUUUUUAGUUUGAGUACCUAGUUACAGAUUCUUUUUUCCUUCCCUGUUGAUAAUAAUUUAGUGAUUGAUAUCAAGCAUUUGAUGUGCAGUGUAAAUAUGUUACAUUUUUAAAAAAAAUUCUUGUGUUUUAUCUAUACCAAUAUUGUACUUAUCAAGUAAUGGAAAUUUAUUUUUAAUAAUAUGUAUUUUACAAACUUCUUUGUUAAAUAUUCCUAGACAUAAACUAUAAUUGUUGUAUUAGGAAAUAAAAAU